AUGGAGAAAGGAAAACACAUCCAGCCACCAACUUAUGGAAACCUUGUAACGAUUCUUUCUAUUGAUGGUGGAGGCAUUCGAGGAAUCAUUCCGGCUGUUGUUCUCACCUUUCUGGAGUCAGAGUUGCAGAAACUUGAUGGAGAGGAAGCCAGGUUAGCAGAUUACUUCGAUGUCAUUGCUGGGACCAGCACAGGGGGGCUUGUGACCUCAAUGCUGGUUGCACCAAACAAUACAAACAGGCCACUCUUUGCAGCCAAGGAUAUUCAAGCAUUUUAUAUGAACCAUGCUCCCAAGAUUUUCCCACAGCAGAGGGGUCCAUUCGGUAGGAUAAUGAGGAUAUUCCGAUCGCUGUCAGGACCUUCCUAUGAUGGUAAGUACCUUCAUGAAGUUGUCAGAAAGAAGUUAGGAAUCACCAGGCUGCAUGAGACUUUAACAGAUGUGGUAAUACCAACUUUCGACAUCAAGCGGCUACAACCUAUUAUUUUCUCGUCCUAUGAGGUUAAGAAUGAGAAGUACAGGACAAUGGAUGCUCUACUAUCAGAUAUUUGUAUCAGCACAUCUGCUGCUCCAACUUAUCUUCCUGCACACUACUUCAAGACAGAAGAUUUCCAUGGGAACACCAAGGAGUUCCAUCUUAUUGAUGGAGGAGUAGCUGCCAAUAAUCCGGCUUUAGUUGCCAUUGGAGAAGUAACCAAACAGAUAUUCAAGGAAAACCCAGAUUUCUUCCCAAUAAAACCUAUGGAUUAUGGCCGGUUUUUGGUCGUUUCACUAGGCACAGGCUCAGCAAAGUUUGAAGCAAACUACAAUGCACAAACGGCUAAAUCAUGGGGAGUGUUGGGUUGGUUGCUUGGCAGUGGAUCCACUCCCUUGGUAGAUAUUUUCACGCAGGCAAGUGCAGAUAUGGUGGAUAUCCAUAUCUCUGCUGUUUUCAAAGCCUUGCAUUCUGAGCAAAACUAUCUGAGGAUUCAGGAUGAUACUCUACAAGGGACACUGUCCUCUGUUGAUGUUGCGACCAAGGAAAAUAUGGAGAAACUUGCCAGAGUUGGAGAUAUGCUACUAAAGAAACCUGUCUCUCAGGCGAACUUGGAAACUGGCCAUAUGAUGCCGGCUUGUCAUAGGCCAGAGAUGACCAAUGAAGAAGCUCUAAAGAGUAUUGAUGGUUUUAAUUCAGCGGUUCAGCCAACAAGGGAAGAAAAAGGUUCCAGGUCGGCCAUGCACUUAAACAUUGGAGCAGAUAGAUACCCAGCAGUGCUGCAUGGAACAAGUACCUGGCAAGAUGAGCUUGUUUUUCAGAAAGAGCUGUGCCUUUGGUACUUGCGUAGGCUUCUGCCGUUGGGCAUGGGCGGAAUGACAUCAAUUCCAUUCGAUUUGGAGCGUGUACAGUCUAGACAAAUGUGUAGCAAGGGUUCACUGGAUCAAAGGCAAAGCUGCCCAUAUUUUAUGGCGUACUUUAUGGAUGGUCAAUGCAAGAGGAUCAUCUAUCGCGGACCUUUGCAGCAACCAAGGGGCAAGGGUGCUGGGAUUGAUAUGGGUACAGUACAGACCGUCUAUAGCCUUCCAAAACGAGGUAGCCGGCCAUGUGGUGCUCUACAGAACACUCAUUUGCCCCCUCAAGGCUGCAACUUGAAGAAAAGGACUUGA